CAAUAUCCGCUCUCACAGCGUGCCUCUGCUUUGAUUUCCAGAUGGAUUGCAAUUCUUCAGCUUUGUUGUGCAUUUGAUUUUCAUCCGCUGUGCUUUGGCGUACUCUUCCUUCCUCAACUCUCGAUCGUGGGCAAGCACUCCACGGGGCGGAAGGGCCUCCUGGUCGACCGACAGGCAGACGUCAACAGACGAACGCCUCGCUCAUCUCUCAACCCGUUUGCAUUAUGGCGUCGAAACUAUGUUGUACAACAGAGCAAGAGGGUCGGCCAGAGUCACCAGAGCUGCCUAAUGCUCGCGUCAGCCAAGCCAUACCAGUGAAUCGGCCUCUCCUGCCAAAGGAGACAGCAUCGUCGAACUCUCGUUUUACGAGUGGCCGCUCUGAGGACCUCCAUGAGCUCCGCGACAUCUUCAACAAUGCUCAAGAUCAAGCCGACGAUGGGCCAUCGCCGACGCGAGGUGCUCGUGGACGAUUCAGCCGGGGGUCCAUGUACAGCCUACGAAGUUUGCACAAGAUGACGAGCAUGCGAUCUAUCAUUAGACGAAAGUUUUCAAAAGACGAUCCGAAGAAGGAUCUAGCCGUCCGACCAACCCGUCCCAAGGCAAAGAACAGGGACGUCGGUGAAGAGCCUGGCACUGUGGUCAAGCAGCUGAGAGAUGGACCAAAUCAGCAACUCAAUGUCACCAAGGAUGACCUAAGAAAGCAUCUUCUGAGCGACAAGAAGCCAGAUGAAGGCGGCUACGAUUCUGAUGCCGAGAUGCUGGACGACAUCGCGACCAACCUUGGGAAGAAGACACCAGGCAAGAGGCCGAGUAUUCACAGCAUUGACUGGACACCUUCCACUGGCAGCAAGCCAACGCCAGGAUCAUCUACCAAGGGCCCCAACAGCACCGAGCGCAAACGCCAGCUGCAGCCCUACCAGAUUCAGAGGCCUCAGACAGACGCCUCUCCCCGCUUCAGUCAAGUCUUCAGCACCCCAAAUCUAAGAUCAGACAUCGUCUCCGAGAGCGACAGCAGAUCGAGACGCUCGCACUCUGCUACCGCGAUAGGCUUGCCCAAAAUGUUUCCAAUUUCACCACUAAGACUACCGAGCCUCACCACACAUGAUAAUGAUGGAGUACCUUGGUCUCAGGCGAUAAACGAAAGCCUUCGCCUAUCGCAGUUUCCUGUCCCACCGCGGCACAUCAACCCUGAAGCAUCUGAGACAAUCUCAGACCCCAAGCAGCACUCAAAGGAGAGCUAUACCGAUAGUCAGGGUCAUGAGGGCGCCUCUUUGGUUCCUUGCUGUCAUUCAUCCAAUGGCAUUGCUGCUCCUUCAGCUCGUGCGGUAGAAAUCCGUGUGCAGCAACCGACCUCCAUCAUCAGUCCCAGACCAUCCACAUCCGUUCGAGGUGUCCCCAGUGAGAAUGCCCCACCAAGCAAAGAUGAAGACGAGGAAGACCACCCACGUCACUCGGUGCAUCUCCACAACAUGCGCAUCUCUCACCAUCUCCGCUCGGGCUCACUACUCUCGUGGGACCAACUUGCAGAUGCUCCGGAUCUACCUACACCACCUCCCCCAUUCCGCGAACGCACCGUCUCAGAUCAGAGCCAAUACUCUCAUAUGCGGAGAGAGCUCGCUCGGCAUGAGCGACAAACUUCGAGCUCUGGGUUUUCCAGCUCCAAGUUACCGAGCAAAUGGGGUAGAGUUCUGCUCAAGGAUUGCGACCUACGACCUGACGUUGCGUCAUCUAUAUACUCCAGUAGGCCGCAAAGUCCGCCAGACAGCUUCGAUGGGUCUAUGUUGAACUUGUCACGGACUAGCACAGGGCACCACACAUUCAGUAUGUCAUCAACGGAUAUCAAGAAGGCCAAUGGUUCGAAUUCACUUCCCAGCCACCAAGAUACACCCGGGCCAGCCCAACAGGACGACACUUUGAAUAUCGAAAGAGCACAAGAUUCUAUCGUAGAGAGUCCUCUACUUGUGGCACCUCAUCCUUUGGCACGAAAAAACAGUGUGGCGGAGACGAAAGUGUCCAAGUUCCGAGAAGAGUUCAGCCCCUCUCCGCCAAAGAAGAAGCUGGUCCCGUCCACGUCGAUUAUGAAACUGCUAAACUCCAAGCGCCUGAGUAUGCGCAGCCAAAGUGAGGCCAAUAUGCCGCCUGACCCUCUGAGUAUGGCUAUGGACGGUCCCUCCGACACAAUCCCCAUUCCCGUCGAUCGAGAACGACACGGGUCUAUGAUGAGCUUGCAAACUGAGCAAGAAGCUCUUGGCAAGAACAAGGGGAUCAAUCACGUAUGGGAUCGUGCUCUUGCAGCACAUCAAGAAGAGAAGGCAUCGCUCUUUCUUCCAAAGAAUAGAGACCUUGCCGUGCACGCAAGCCCGUUCCGUGAGCGCAGCGCAAGCAUUUCCGCGAAACACACCACUGGUGAAGAGGACAUAGGUCUAGACGAUCACGCCGUGAACACGGUCAGACCACGUUCUGCAUCGCUUGUCGACCCACCAUCCCCAGGUCAAUUAAGGUCCGAGUCACUUCUGGAAGCGAUCCCGCGGCGCAGUGCCUUAACAGGCAGGGGUGAUAUCAGCCCAGGGCGGGAAGUGUCGAACGCAUUCGAGAAGCAAGGUGACAGCAUUGAAGUGGUCGGUGCAUGGGGUCGCUACCCAUCACAUACCCGUCAUGAUCGCAUCUUAUCUGCAAGAAAGGUGGAUCGUGUCGACACUCGCGACUUUGCGCUCGAAGCGGCGAUCAAGUUUGCUUCAGCAAAAGAUGAAAAACACGAUGACGACCUGAUCGACCCCAUAGAGCGACUCCCUUCACCACCACUGCUCCCCGGUCAAAAGAAGAAAAAGAAGAAGGUCGGUAGCGGUCGCAUGGCGAAAAGCAAUUCGAUGACAUUCGGCAAAACUUUCCUCAAGAACUAUUCAAAGAUCUUCAAGAGUCAAAGUGCAGAGUUCCGAAAGCAUGGCCGGGGGCAUCGCAGCUCUAUCGCAUCCGGCGGCACGUUGGAGUUUCCCGAAUUAGAGCUUUUACCUGAUGUCUGGACCGGGGGUGCCAACGGAGAUGGAAGCGCAGAACCACACGACCGCAGUUUUGAGCUUGUCGAGCGACAACUGCAGCAUAGAAAUAGUGAUGUGAAAGGCAAGGGAAAGCUACGUGAAGAGGACUCGAUGGCUACGCUUCGCCCUCGCCGAAACUCAUCUGCGCCGAACCUCAACGAUUUGUCUUUCCACGAUGGCGCUGGUGACUCGGAGCAUGCCACAGAUCGUGCUCGCGUGUGGUCGCAUUAUUAUGAGAACUGUGUUCCGUCUUUCCCUCGUCUAAGCACCGAAGCGGACUUUGGCAUCGAAGCCUUUAGCGAACCUGCUCGGUUAUCGCUCGACAGCAAGCGCGCGUAUAUACACUCGCGCAUUAUACCUAUGACAAUGGCAAGACACUCGAGGAACGCUAGCCAGCUGAGUCGCGUCACCAAUGCGAGUCGACGAAGCGCACGGCCAAGUUUCAUUUCCCUGGGUGACGACGGCGCUGGUGAGGAGCAGAGCAUGGUGAGUGUGAGACGGAGCACGAUGGAUUUGAUCUCAAAAUUCAAGGAGCAGGAACUCGUAGAGCAUGAGAGGGUCAUGGCUCUUAUCAAGGUAGAGAGCCGAACUGAUAGGGAGAAUAUUGCGGUAUCGUAAGAUGGAAGCAUAGUGAAAGGUUUGGUGGAUAGGUAAUGUGUAUUGUUUUGUUGAGCAUGCAGCUCGGACGGUAAUAGGUCCUUCAUGUAUGGUAAGAGG